AUAAGGUGCUUCGUUUGUCCCCAGUAUUUUAGAAUGAAAGGCGACUGGAGACAAAAAAGAUGUGGCUAAAGGCGCUUGUUCUACUGCUCUCGAUCCGAUAUUUGGCGGCCACGUGCAAUGUGUGUCAAAGUGCCAGCAAUGUCGCUUGUCACAGUGAAACCACUUUUUCCAUCUGCUAUGACGGAGUGCCAUCGUAUGAUCUCUUGCCAUGUCCUAAGGAUUUUUAUUGCACGGAUGGCUUUUACACUUGCUAUCAAAAUGCAGAUCCAGUUUGCAAAACAGAAGAGGACACUUCCACCACCGAGAUCCAGACAAGUACAACCACUUCCAGCCCCACUACCACGACAACCACUGAAGUCCCAACUACCACUGCUAUCCCCACUACCACAACAACCACUGAGAUCCCGACUACUGAAGCUCCGUGGGAUGCCGACGAUAUCUGUCAGCAAUACACUAAAAACACCUUUUUCGAAAACGUAGAUGAUCCCACCUGCACCACUUUUAUAACCUGUAUAGUUGAUGACGACGGAACCCAUUCGACAAAGGUCACUUCAUGCAGGGCUAAUCAGUAUUUUAGUACCAGCUUGAAGGCUUGUACCGCCACAAAGCCCGAUGGAUGCGUGGAGGCGACAACCACUGUGGCCACCACAACCCCAACCACCACCACCGUGGCCACAACAGCGGCGAGUACCACCACAGCAGAACCCUGGAGUGCGGAGAAAACCUGCCUGACUGUCACAAAGACCACUUUGUUUCAAAACCAAGACGAUCCCACCUGCACCACGUAUCUAUAUUGUUAUUUUAUCAAUGGAUCGGCAACAGCUUUGAUAACGAACUGUAAGACCAACCAAUAUUUUGAUGCUUCCUUGAAAGCCUGCGGCGAAGAUAAACCGGAUUAUUGCACCUAAUUCAGACCGUUUAACAGCAGUAAUCGAUCUUUAUCAGAUUUAUUGAAACCAAUAAAAUAUCAGUAUAAAACAAUCAUAUGAU